UGACAGCUGUCAGUGGCAGCAGCGGUCGGUGUGCGUCAAUAACAUUAGUCAUUGUGUAUUAUGCUACAGUUGUGAUAGUAGUUUUUUUUUUGUUCGUAGUUAUAUAAAUAUAAUUUAGUGAUAACAAAGUAAGUAGUCGCAUCAUAAUUAAAGCGAUAUCACACCUAUCCAUCAUCAUUGUGGCUUUAGUAUAGCUCGGCUGUGGGGGUACAGAGUUUCAUAGGUUAUGUUCAGCUUAAUAACCAACUAGGCUUUAAUUCAUUAAUUCAUAAAAUUUAUAUUACAUUUCUUUGUUUGUUUUCGCUGCACACUUACACUACUCAUUUGUACACGCGUGCAAUUCUUGUCAUCCUGUCAAUCGAGCGCUUUAUUUUAUUAAUUUUUUUUUUGAAGUAAUUAUACUUUUGGUUUUCAAUUUCAUCAUUUCGUCAGCAUUUUUUUUGUUUUGUUUUGUUUCGUUCUUUCGUACGGAAAUUGCAGCGCUUCUGUUCUGAUUUUGUUUUUGUUUUUGGGUUGUUUAUUUUGUUUUUCAUUUUGAAACUUUUGUGUGCGCGUGCGAUAUAUGGCCGGCAAAAAGGUACGCUCGAGGACGUCGCAGAGAGCGGCGUCUGAGUUGAGGGGCGGUGGCGUCGCGACGCCGACGGGGGGCGGCAGGUGCGGCGUCGGCGACGACCUGUCGAUGCUCACCAGGCAGCAGCUGCAGGUCGAGUGCAAGAAGCGCGGCCUCAAGACUGCCGGCACUAAGCUCGAACUGUUGCAACGUUUGGGACAUAAGAUGUCGAGCAGGAAAAAUGUGCAGCUCAAUGGGAGCGCUUCGGCGUCCCAGGCGACGGCGUUGAAACCGUCGGACAAGAAGAAGGAGAAACGCGACAGGGAGAGUCUGGUGCUGUGGAAGAGACCCUUCACCACGCUGGAGUACUUUGCCAAAGAAUUGAUGGUGUUGUUAGGGACUUAUGGAAAGAAGUUAUUCAAUUACAAGAAAUUCGUCGUUCUCGUGAUAUCGCUUAUUAUCGCCGUAACCACCGGUCUGAAUAUGGCAGGACCGCAUCAGAUCUACAUGAGUUCCAUCUACAAGCAGCUGCUGUGGUGCUCGUAUUGGGCGGGUUUGGGAAUCCUAUCUUCUGUCGGCCUAGGCACGGGGUUGCACACGUUCCUUCUCUAUCUGGGGCCGCAUAUUGCUAAAGUCACCAUGGCUGCGUACGAGUGCGGAAGUCUGGAUUUCCCAGAACCACCCUAUCCCGAUGAAAUUAUUUGCCCUGUUGAUGUUACCAAAGGCGCCGUUGUCACGAUCUUGGGAAUCAUGUCCAAGGUACGUUUGGAGGCGAUGUGCUGGGGCGCCGGCACCGCUCUAGGAGAGCUUCCUCCUUAUUUCAUGGCCAGAGCGGCCAGACUCUCUGGCUUGGAACCGGACGACGAUGAUGACGAUCUGGCCGAAUUCGAGGAGCUUCAAAAGAAGAAACGCGAAGAGUUGACGCUACUCGAUAAGGGAAAGUUGUUCGUCGAGCACAUCGUCCAGAAAGUCGGCUUCAUGGGCAUCCUAGCCUGCGCCAGCAUUCCCAACCCGCUCUUCGAUUUGGCCGGAAUCACGUGCGGGCAUUUCCUGGUUCCGUUCUGGACGUUCUUCGGUGCUACGCUAAUCGGUAAAGCUGUAAUCAAGAUGCACAUCCAGAAGAUGUUCGUGAUCAUCGCCUUCAACGAGACGCUCAUCAACAGCGCACUCUCUUGGUUAACUGUGAUUCCGAUGAUCGGCGGUCAUCUGGAGGUUCCGUUCCGCACCUUCCUCAACGGCCAAAAGACUAAACUUCAUUCGAAAGGCGCGGCGGCUGAAGCUUCUGCAGCCGCCGCCGGCGGUGGCGGAUCCGUCCUCAGCUCCGUCUUCGAGCUCUUCGUCUUCGCGAUGAUCCUGUACUUUGUGGUCUCGAUAGUGAACUCGUUCGCGCAGAGCUACCACAAGCGAUUGAGCAAGAAGACGGCUACCGGCAAGGCCAGCAAAGAUUAGUUUCCAAUUGAGUUGUAUAAUAUAAUUUUUUUUUUUGAUAUUGUUGUUUGUAAGUAAGCAGCAGCAGCAGCAGCAACAGUACGUUCUUUAGAUGUAAGUAGGGAAAAUUCGAAACGGUGAAGAAAAUAGUAACGACUUCGUUUAUAUUUUUUUUUUCUUGUGAAGUAAAUACAAAAUUGUGCGAACUAAAAAAUUAAGUGAAGAAGAUG